AUGACUACAGAGCCAAAUUUACUCCACGCUUACUUGUAUACCGAAGCAGCCGGAAACAUAUCGUUGCACCACAGCUGUGCCGUAUGCCACAGGGCGCGGUCUGAAUCUUAUCACCGAAAACAUCCACUUCAACCUGGCUUAGAACCUCCCAGUGGCAUCUGCAGGCGAUGCCGCUCUCGGAAGAAAGAGCGGAUUGUUGUCAUCCAUCACUAUCAUAACCAUGAUCACAAUCACCACCACUAUCACUAUCUGGAACAGCCGACGUACCAGCAAGAGAGGAAACAUGGUGUUGAGAAUCCCCCAUCAACAGCGUUUGAGUUGCCUGGUUCGUCAGCUGCUCCAUUCCGCGCGCCAUCAGCGGUGCUGGCUGACGAAUCACCGUCGGUAGUCGACAUGAGAACAAAGCCGCGUAUGCCGUUCAGCAACUUCCGAUGA